CCGUGAGCAGCUCAGGGUCGUUUUGCAGCACUUGGUACACGCGCAAGGCGUCACGGCCUUCCUCCAGGUGCGUCUGGAUACGCGCAGCGUUGCUCUCACGCUGUCUCAGACGCAGCAACUCCCUCGCAUUAUAUUGCAGCUUGCGGCCGAUGCUGCGCUCGGGGAAGUCCCUCGCCACGCGCAGAACAUCCCGGUAGAGCGCCAGCACCUCGCGCCUCAAGCCAAUGCCCGUCAUUCCGUUCGAUAAUUGGAUGAUAAAGCAACAACGAAGAACUCUGAUUGGUGGAUAAACGUACCACCCUCUUCAAGUAGAAAAUGACACGGAAGGUCUCCGAUAUCCGCAGAACCGAAAGUGACGCCUAAAGCUCAAGGAGUUUAGCAGCCGAAACCUUGGGAGGAUGAAGCAGUUUAACCAGAUUAUCGCUGUUUUCCUGGUUGUUUUGGGGCUUAUUGGCGUCGAGGCUCGUCGAAACGUUGGGAUCUUUCGCGCCGACACAUUCCGCCUUGCUGAGACGGAAAGUUUGUAUUGGGGGGCGAGUCCGGCGCAACACGCGAGGCAACUGGUGCAUGACAAUAUAUGGGCGACACUGUCGACGAUCUCAGUGCAGUUCGGAGGGGUCCCUUACGGCAAUACAGUCUCCUAUAGCGACGGUGUGGGGUAUUCAAAGGAGGAUUCGACGGGCAAGUUAUUUUUCUACCUGACGCCAAUGGAUGCAACAGGGUCCGAUUUGAGCGUCAACUCGACGGCGUCGGUGGCGAUAUCGAUGGCACAGGAGGGCGAGCACGCGUGUAAGAUGGACGUGGAAGACCCGACAUGCUGGAAGAUCACGCUCACUGGCAAGGUUGUGCCGGUACCCGCUGAUCAACGUCACUACGCCGAAAAAGUGCUGUUUUCCAAGUGCGUAAUGUGGAUCUUGAUGUGGAUUUUAUGCAUAGUGUUGAUGUUGUAUCGGGGAUUAAUUGUAGGCACCCGCAGAUGGAGCACUGGCCAGAAAAUCACGGAUUCCUGCCGUACGUUCUGGAAAUCGAGAACAUCAUUCUGCUCGACUUUUAUGGCGGCGCCAAGCACGUUCCAGUGAAGGAAUACUACCAGAUCAAGCUAUAAGCAGUAACGGCGGACGCUUGAGUUGACCACGGAGGAAAUUAUUGUGUAGCCGAUGGUUGGGAUCCCAGUAUCGACUUGCGUGAGUGAAACCAAAUAUGAAAAAUGAAUUCAGGAAGUUUGAAUGCAUCAUCGAUAUUGCUGUCUAAUGGAAUUGCGUUUGGUAUGCCAAGA